AUGUCCGUUUCAUUACCUACUGAUGUCGGGGAUCCUAUUAGCCAAUCCAAUGCAAGUGACGCUGCCAAUAUUAGCAGCAAUGGCAAUUUUUCCAUGCCAACGAAUAAUACGGAUGGGGACGACUCGCCCUCCUCUACUACGGAAACCGACAGUGAGACGGGCAGCGGUGCCACCCCUCUUCUCUAUUUUUUGAUGCUGGUGUGGAUCGUCUGGAUCUUAUUCUUUGUAAUAUGGAUACCUUUAUUGGUGGUCAGAAAUCGAAGAGUCUCUCAAUGGAAACGAUCUCAAAAGCGAGCGGCGGCGGGGAGCAAUCAAGACAAUAUUAAUGGCGGGCGGAAUUACAAAUACCAACGAUACAAGGAAUCUGGCUCGCAAGUGACAAUGUCCUUGUUGUUGCUUUUUGCUACUGCAAUUGGACUGGGGCUUUCCAUAUUUGCAAAUUUGUCUUGUGAUUUUAUCCAGCUCAACGAAUCCUUGACUUUGGAAUGGGAGAAUACGUCGGAGGAAGACUUUUUCCGGAUUAUGAAUGAAGGAGGCGACAACGUUGUCAAUACAGGAGACUCCUUGCGUCUGGAAUAUUAUUCAUUGGGAUUGUGGGCCUUGGGCCUGUCGUCUUCGAAAUCUAAUUUCUUGGGUGGAGGUGAUAACUAUCAAGAUUCCUGUUUCAGCAUCUCCGAGACAGAAAGCUUGGAGUUGGGCUGGCAGUUUCAACUGGCUCGAGUGGCAUCCGUAGCUGCAUCAGUCUUGGGCGGCCUGAGUUUCUUGUUCUUGUUCACGGGAUGCUGUUGUCCCUCGCAACGAGGGUACUUUCAUUAUUUGACACUGCCGUUUCUCUUGGCGACCAUUCUGCAAUCGUUGACGCUCUUUUUGCUGGAUACACCAUAUUGUACAUCUUUCGUAGAUUCCAACAAUUGUGAAAUGGGACUUGGAGCCGUGGCGUCCAUCAGCGCAUCUCUGUAUUGGCUGUUUGGGACAUUGGCGUCUAUGACGCCGUUUCCCCCGAUUGCGACUACAUUUGCGCCGUUACCGAGUGAGGAAGUGGAAUCCAACCGGUUAUCGAAUCAAAUAUAG